AUGGAGAAGACAGAUACAGCUGAGGUGCUGGAUGUGUCGCAAUGGCCGACGGCGGCGAAGUUUGUCUCUCGGUGUUGCGAGUUUUUGAAUGAGGUGCAAGAUUUAACACCCGGUAAAGACUUGGAGACGCGACUCAAUCAGCAGUUCGGACCUGGCAAUCAGUACUACGAGGACUUCUGUUCCCAUAUCAAACAGGGUCUCGAAGAAGGAUGGGUAGCGCAGACCGAGAUUGACGGACGCAAAUACCGGCGGGGCAAGAUCGCACUUCCUUCGGCGGCGACAAGAUACUUCAGCAUCACGACUGUAUUCAUGGAUAGCGAUACUGAGUUUAGAGGACAAUAUCACGCUCAUCCUUACGGCGAGAUAAACUGCGUCAUCCAGCUGGAUUCUACGGCAGAACUCAAAGGAAUGCAAGGCUGGCAGGGUGCUGGCUGGACAUCCCCCGGACCUGGAACACAUCACUUCCCUGAGGUCCGAAAAGGAGCUUUGGUAGCACUUUUUUUUCUGCCUGCCGGUCGAAUCUCUUAUAAUGCUGAGCCGGGCGCCCCACAGCCUCUAUCGGUGUAG